GAUUGCCAUCGCCAAGAAAAACGGUUCGCUCGUCAUCUCCAACUCGCUGAGAAACCCCCUGUCCCCUUCCCCUCCUUCUCCUUUGCAACCCCAGCGCCGCCGUUCCCGCCGCCACGCCCGGCAGCCCCCGUCGCCCGGCAGCCCCCGUCGCCGGCCAAAUCGGCCCCUCUGACUACAGAUCCGGCCGCCCCGGUCUAUUUCCCGCCGGAUCCCAUCUUCGCCGCCGUCCGACGCGCCUGCUGCAAGGAGCUGCGACCCCAUGUCUCAGAGGAGCUAGCCCCGACGCCAUUGACGCCCGAGCGACGCUCCCAAGGUAGGAGCGGCACCAGGAAGACCACGCCCCCGAAGCCUAAGCUGCAAGACAUGGCAGAUACUAAGCGGGGAGCGACCGCCAUGGCGCAGCGUCAGGAGGGUUCGGCGGAGGAGGGGGAGGAGCAUCGCCUGCGGGCGGCGCUGCGCCACCUGCAGGCGGAGGCCGGAGUGCUCGAGCGCCUUGUCUACAAGCACCGGAACCAGCACCGUGGCGCCGCCUACUUCCAGUACCUCCUCAAGGUGCGGAGGGACCUGAAGCUGCUUCUCAGUGCCAAUCUCGCAGAGGUCAUCAACGCGGUGUUCCCGGUCAUCACCUGUCGUAAGCCGGCAAACACCAUUCUUGUUCCGAACAGGCAGGGUAAGAGGAAGCCUGGUGCAAACCAUAGCCACUAUAAGAGGCUUUUGGGGGUCGCCCGUUUGCUGUCCCAGAUGGCUGAACCUGUUCUGAAGGGAGCAGUUCAGAUCAGCUUUUUACUUGCUAGAUCUUUUUUUAUAGAACUUUGCACUGCAGUGCUUGCUUUGCUUGCAAGAGUGAGGGUCCUGACCCAACAGAUGUUACUUGAUGUUGUAUCAAUAUACAAUAAGGUUACCGAUCUUACGGAUAAAAAGCAGGCUGUUAAGAUCAGUAUUGAUAAAGUACAGGCUUUCAGAGAGUACUACCCCUCGAGCAAUGAUCCCAGUACUAUCCUGGAGUGUGUAUGGGUGAAAGAUAAAUUUGUUUUGCAUGAAAAGACCAAAGCUAGCAGUCAGAAAACGCAAGAUGAGGAUCUGAAGUCGUGCACUCCAGAUUCAUCAAUCCAGUAUGAGACCCUUGGACUUGUUAGUGAAGAGACGGAAAACCUUGAUGGAGCAAACACCCCAGCCAAGCAACAGCAUGCUUCUCUGGCUGACCAACCAGAUAAAGCCACCCAUUGCGGCGAUGCCGGAGAUUCUCAGAGUGGGAGGCAACUACCAAAUGAUGAAAACACUCUGCGUUCUCUUCUUGGCACGCCUGCUGCUGCGCCGGCUCCACGCAGAGAUGUCGUCAAGCCUGAUACGAGGAAGAGAGUGGCAUUCAUCGCCGUGGGGAAAACAAAAGUCACCGUGACACCACCCGAAACAUCAUCCGUAGUUACCAAGAAGCAAAGGGUGGACACGAUUCGACAGACCACCACAGAUCCUGCUUUGUAACUCUAUAUAAAAGAACAACCGGUAAUGAUGAAGCGAAUAAAGGGCUAUACAUAUGCACAUCUUAGUAGA